CACCACGCUAACUCAGUACAAAAAUAAAACAUGAACAGAAUAAUCAAAUAUAUAUUGAUCAGCUAAAUGGGUUUGUCUGUAAUUCUUAUGGGUUGCUGUUUUCAUUAACACUUGUCUGGGACAUUAUAAGGACGAAUAUGGCGGAGAAUAGAGUGACAGAAACAGACAGUGUCUUGACUUACAAGGUUAAACGUGGAGGAGAAAUAAGUGAUUAUGUGAAACUGGACAAAUUGCCAAGAUUUGAUCUUCUAACAGACCAAGUUAAUGACUUGAUAUCUAAACACACUUGGUAUGAAUUAUAUGGAGUAGACUGGUUAAUAAUUGCAUUUGGUGUAUUGGGUGCAUUUAUGGGCCUUUCGUUAAUGAGUUCCGAUUCGUAUUUUAAAUUUGUAACUGGUGUGAUAUUGUAUGGUUACUGUCAUUCAGUAUUUUCAACCAAGGGAGGCCACUCGGCUGCACAUGGUGCAGUUGUGAAUUCUGUGAGGUGGAACAAAUUUUGGGCGAUUUUUUUCGUGGAAUUUAUUGGAUCCUUUUCUGAAGAAUUAGCAAAUGAGAUCCACAUUAAAAGUCACCACCCACACACCAAUAUUAUUGGUUACGGGGACUCCAGUACAUGGAAAGCCCCCUUCGUUCCAGCAUAUAUGUAUAUGUUCGUAACACCAUUGAUUGUGCCAGUAAUUACGCCUUUGGUAGCAAUUGCAGGAUUGUUUGGAAGAUGGAAACAUUUGCUGCGGUUUCUUUUGGUUGCAUCUGCUGGACUAGCAAUUAACUUUUUACUGUUGAUGAACAUAUCGAAAUUUUCACUUUGGGGUGCCAUUGUCAUGACGUUCGUAAGUCGGGCAACACUGUCUAUCCCUUAUAUCCAUGUAAAUAUAUUUCAACAUAUUGGCCUGGCAAUGUAUUCACCUAAGAGUAGACCAAAAAAGAUUUAUCAGAUGUCAACCGGUGUUCUAAAUCUAUCUAGAAAUUAUGUUCUGGAUUAUUGUUUCGGCCAUGGAAUAAUAAGUUGUCACGUCGAACACCAUCUUUUCCCACGACUUUCUGAUAACAUGUGCUUAAAGAUCAAACCACUGGUAUCACAUUUUUUGAAACACCAUGGAUUACCGUAUUACGAGUCCGACUACAUCCGCCGGAUGAUUUAUUUUGUAAAACAAUAUAACGAUCUUAUGGUAAAAGCACCUCCGAUAACCCACUUCGUUGGUAUUCAAUAACCGUUGAUUAUUUCAUGCAAUAUGUUUAUGUAAUUUCUUUGAUUUAUAUUUAAAGACACGUUAAUGGUCUCAUUCUAUCCAAUAUUCUGGAAUAAAGGACACAAUUUUCAGAUCAUACGCAAACUGCAUUACAAAAAAUGAUACUAGUCCAAAAGUUCAUGAUUUCAUGUCACAAUCAAAGAUUCUCUAUAAUCCACGAAUAGCCAAGCCAAGAUGGCGUCUAAUCUAACCAGGGCCCUGUUUCUCGAAAUCUUAACUAAAGAUAAAAUCCAAAUUUUAGUAGAUAAUCUAAUAUUAUCCAAUCAAAUUACUAAAAUUUGGGUUUUAUCUUAGUGCCAGCGAAUUACUGAAAUAAAAGUAAACCAUAUGUUAGUCCCGAAAUGACCUAGUUUGUGUCAAGUGGACAUCUCUCUCUCUCUCUCUCUCUCUCUCUCUCUAAUAUUGAUUCAGAAAAGGCCAGUGAAAGUUCAAUUGAUUUCAAAUUUACGAUCACCGAUACAGAAGUAAUGUGUUGAAGUUGAAUUUUUAAUAUCAUCUUCUAGUUUUGUCCAUUCCUUUACUUCUGAUGCAUGGCAGCAAAAAAAAAGAAGGAAAAAAAAAACGCUUAUGAAAAUCAAAUCAGAAUAUAUGUGUUUACGGUUUAAUCAUUAUUUGAAUGUACCAAGGUGAAAGUUUGUUUAUUAUUUUUGUAAAACUACUUUCCCUUAAAAUAAAUUCACGGGACGUUCUUUUUAUUAGAAUGCCAUAGAAUGGGGUUUAAUGUCUCGAUAGCAUUUAAUACUUCGGUCAUUUCAUUUCUAUGGUUACGUGUGCAAUGUGAGGGGGGGGGGGAGACAGCGGCGCUUCCGCAAAUCUACUUCGAAUACCAACUACGAUAGGUUCUUCACCGUGCACGCCAAUGUGUACGUGGAAUUCGGAUGUUCGUACUACCCGAAUCACUAGGUACACAUUUCCUUUAUCAGCCCCGCAAGCGCCACCUUUGAUAAAUGGGGGUGUUGGGUGUCCGAAUGGGUUAACGCGUGUGCGUUUUAAAUUAGGAGGGUUGUCAUCGAGUCAAGUGGCGUGGUUUCGUGUCCCCGUUUGUACGUAACAAGGAGUAGGGUCAUCUUUCUAACCUCGUGGGUUUUCUCCUGGUCCUCCGCCCCCUCACCCACUUCUAAAGACUUCUACGCGCAGGCGAAUUACUGAAAUAAAAUUGAGCAAUAUGUAAGUCCCGAAAUUACCUAGUUUGUGUCGUGUGGACGUUAAACCCCAAUUAUAUUUCUCUUUCUGCGUGUCUCUACUAUCUGUUCAGUGCAAUGUACGAUAGACUAUCUUUUCAUGCGACCAGUUAUCAUACUACACCAUGGCAUAUUUAUAAUCUAUGAUGAAUUAUUAUCAUUUUUAAUACAAAUAUAAUUGGCAGACGUUUUAAUAGAUAUAUGUAUCGGAUGCACAGUUUUUAUAUGUACGGCAAUAUAUUGUACGGAAGUGUAUAGAAAUUUAACUGUGAUAAUUUUUUUUUUUUUGUAAAACAUACAUUAGUUAUUUAUAAAAUGAUUUUAUAAAUGUCGAUA